GCAAGGAGCAGCUGGGAAGUGAAGGGUACAGGGAGAUGUGCCACUGUGGAGGCGAGGCGAGGAAGGAGCAGCUCGGUCAUGAAGGGUACCAGGAGAUGGACCACCACGGAGGUGAGGCAAGGAAGGAGCAGCUCGGUCAUGAAGGGUACCAGGCGAUGGGCCACCACGGAGGCGAGGCGAGUAAGAAGCAGCUCGGAUAUGAAGGGUACCAGGAGAUGGGUCGCCAUGGAGGAGGUGAGGAAGGAGCAGAUUGGACAGGAAGGGUACAAGGAGAUGGGCAAAAACUGACAUCUGAACAUGAAAUCCUUUGAACUUAAAGAGAUCUUCUAUAAUUUCGCACG